AUGGAAUCCGAAAUUCAAAACGAGAGUGAUAGUGAGGAAGUAUCUGAUUCUUUUCCAAAAGGUCUCGAACAAUAUGAAGAGAAAUCCAAACCGAACCUAGAAGAGACAGAGAUUGUUAACAUUGGCACUGAGACUGAGGUCAAAGAAAUAAAGAUGAGUAUACAUUUGAAUGCACUCACCAUGGAGCAUGACUGCAUAGAUUUUGUCAGAAGAUGUAUCAAAUGUCAAGUGCAUGGCGAUGUUAUACGGGCUCCUCCCACUGAAUUACAUAGCAUGGCUGCCCUAUGGCCCUGCUCAAUGUGGGGUAUGGAUGUAAUUGGUACAAUUGAUCCUCCUGUAUCAAACGGACAUCGAUUCAUAUUGGUAGCAAUUGAGUACUUUACCAAAUGGGUCGAAGCAGAAUCCUUCAAACAUGUGACAAAGAAGGUGGUAGCAAAUUUCUUAAAGGAUCACAUCAUCUGCCGGUUCAGUGUGCCAGAAACAUUGAUUACCGAUAAUGCCAAAAAUCUGAACAAUGACAUGGUGGACGGACUAUGCGAACAGCUCAAAAUCAAACACCGCAAUUCUGCCAUUUAUAGGCCUCAAAUGAACGGGGCUGUGGAGGCCGCAAACAAGAAUUUAAAGAAAAUCAUUCGUAAAAUGACUGAAAAGCACCGUGAUUGGCAUGAAAAGCUUCCUUAUGCACUAAUGCCAUACCGGGCUUCUAUUCGAACUUCAACUGGGGCAACCCCCUACUCGCUCAUAUAUGGAAUGGAAGUUGUGCUACCUGCCGAGGUUGAAAUCCCUUCAUUACGUAUUCUAAUGGAAGCCAAAGUUGGAAGAAGCUGA